AUGGAAAUCAGACUUCUCAGAGCCAUUGAAUGCAUACCUUUGGUGGUAAUUGGACUUCCAGGCAAUGUCUAUAUUAUGCUCAAAUUUAUCUUCAUUAGGAUCAUGGAGAAGAAAAUGCUUCCAACCAAUAUAAUACUAAUGACUUUAGGCUUAAAUAAUCUUCUUGUUCUCCUGGCUCGAUUGACUCCCCAGUACAUGUCCGCAAUGGGAUUAGAAAGUUCACUAGAUGAUGCCAAAUGCAAGUUCAUUGUCUACACAUACAGAGUUAGCAGAGCCAUGUCUAUUUCUAUUACCAGUUUACUUAGCUGUCAUCAGUGCAUCCUUAUUGCUCCUACCACAAAGAUCUGGAUUUAUCUGAAGCCAAAGAUGUCUCAAAAUGUGGUGCCAAUCAUUAUUGUUAUUUUGUUCAUUAAUUUAUUGCUGUACCCCUCUGGUGUUAUUUAUGCCCAUUCUGCCAAUGAAAACGUAACAAAUUCACCAUACACAUUACACCUAGGAAGCUGUAAAACAGACUUUCUGACUUAUGUCUCUUACCUCAUGAACGGAACACUUCCUGUUAUCAAAGACUUCAUUUUAGUGGCACUGAUGACUUUGGCAAGUAGCUAUAUAGUCAAUGUAUUGUUCCAUCACCAGCAAACCAUUAAGAGCAUUCGGAGCUCAGACAAUUCACAUAUGAAAUCAGUUGAGUAUAAGGCAUCUAGAGCUGUUAUAUUAUUGGUUGUCCUUUAUGUAGUACUUUUUGGACUAGAUAACUGCAUGUGGUUUUACUCUUUGUUCAAUAUAAGCCCGAAUCUGAAUGAUGCCCGAAUUAUACUCGCCUGCUCUUACUCUGCCAUAAGUCCAGUGAUCAUAAUUGCUACUAACACCCAAUUACAGAUGGCUGCAAAGUGUUUCAAAAUACCAAAAUAG